CAGUUAUUACUUAAUAAAACAACAACUAAAUUUGACAAGAGAGUGAGUGAUUGUUAGUAAUUGUUUUUCUGCAUUGUGAUUUGUUUGCGGAUAAAAAUCCAGCACAUUUUCAACAACGACGUCUAUUUCAUUGAAUCUUAAGGGUUUCGCCACCAAUUUUCACCAAAAAUUGGAAAACUUUUCGAAAUUAGCUGAAAAUUGAAUUUAUUGUUUUAAAAAAGCGCUUGUGACGAAUGUCAUAAUGUUAAAAUUGCUGCUGGUAUUAACAACAUCAACAUGUUUACUAUCAACAGUUAAUUCCGCUACACCCAUUGGAACUGGUGGUCCCUCUUUAAUAUACGAAGGCAAGGAUGCCUUAUUAACCUGUGUUGUGUCUGAGAAUCGUAGUAACAAUACUGUGAUAUGGAAAAAAUUAGAUGAAAUUCUAACCGCUGGUAAAGUAAGAGUUACCAGUGAUCUACGUAUAAGUGUUUUGCAUGAUGAAAGUCCCAAAGGUAGAAUAGAGACUGGAGGAGAAGUAUGGGUGUUGUUAAUAAAGAAACUAAAACCCUCAGAUUCGGGCAGCUAUAUAUGCGAAUUGAACUCUGAGCCGGUACUACGUAGUAUUCACAUAUUAACUGUUAAGCCUUUACCUUCCAAGCAUAAUAACAAUAACAAUAGUACAUAUAGUGAGAGCAGUAGUAAUAGAGAUUCGGCAGCCAGCGAAUCAAGUGAUGUAUUUUUAGUGCCUCCACCUUUGGAUGCCAACGAUAAUCGUUCGUUUUGGCGCACUGGCUCAGUGGCACCGCAAAUAACACACGACUUCACCGAGUGCUGUGAACGUGCCAACGUCAGCCAGGGCUGUAUGGGCUUCUGCAAUGUUCACAACAUUCUAGAUGGUACGACAGGCAUUGAGCCGGAGGCUUGUGAAAAAGAUUUUCCACAAAUCGUACGCUGCAUGGCCGAUGGCCGCAAUCAUGUGCCCUGUUGUGUAGAAAAACAAAUACCUGACUUGUGUCAGGACAUGUGUCGCGGUGAGUACACACCAUUUACCGAUAUGCUGCGUACGCGAGUCUCCUGCGUCCAUCAUACACUGAGUGGUCUGCAGUGUAUAUUACAGGGAGUGCAACAGAUACCCAGCAGUCCAUUAAAUGUGGCAGCUGAUGAGGUUAGCGAAACGCGUGUCAUCAUUAGUUGGUCGCCGCCUGAAAAGUUGGCCCACUUGGUCAAACAUUACAAUGUCAAUUUAACAGCUUUGCAUUCGUUCGACGAAGAUGAGGGUGAUGCUGAUGCUGAUGAUGAUGCUGGCACCAUUAGGAAAGAUGAAAAUACUAUCAUACGCAUGGUAACAGCAAAUGAUACGUCAAUAACCAUUAAUGACUUGAAACCAUUAACAAUGUAUGCCAUUCUCGUUACGGCAGUUAAUGACUACGGCAGCAGUUUACCCAGCGAUCGUCUGCGUAUUUUUACGCAUACCAGUGCCUUGGCCACAGAGGAGAAAUCAGGUCCCUCCAAUAAAAUGGAAGUUCCCGAUCUACCGGAUAUUCGCUCGUGUUGUGAAACGAAUGGCAUGACACAUCGCAUGUGUUUGGAUAAAAUGUGUGAUCCGCAAAAGACCGACUUGGCCACAUUGCCAGAUUUUAUGGUAUGUGCUCCCUGGUCCAAUAUCACCUUCAAUUGUUUGGCCAAUAACAUAGAUCAUACGCCCUGUUGCCGAGCCAGAGGUAUACCCACUGUGUGUUAUCCUUUGUGUUCGGGCAAAGUGUCCACCUUGGAUUUUAAUUUGUUUAAAUGCCUGCGCUUUAUGUCUGAAUUCAGCAGCUGUCUGUUCCAGGGUUAUGGUGUUUUGGCGGAUCCUCCUUCUAAGCUGCAUAGAGUGGCAAAAACUGAUUCAUUUGUGAUUUUAGAUUGGAAUAAACCAAAGAGAUUGGCUGAUACUAUAAGCACAUUCCAUGUUAAAUUCCGCCGGUUAGGAGUUGGUGAUGAUUACUUGACUGUGGAAAAGAAAAAUCCACCACUUAUAUUGGAAGGCUUAGAGCCAGAUGUCUACUAUGAGUUUUAUGUGGUUUCGAUAAAUGCAUACGGUAAAAGUGAACCCUCACCACGUCUCAUAAUACGCACCCAGCCCCUUGAGUUGGAGGAUGUGUACGAAACAAAAUAUAACAUGAGUACAUGCUGCCAAGCAUCCGGACUGUUGCCACAAUGUGCACCAUUGUGUACGUACAACAUACGUUUAUCGGACAUUGAAAAACUAGGACCAGCGUGUCGGGCACAAAUGUCUGUUAUUGCCCGCUGUGCUGCUGGAGGCAGAGAUCAUACGCCCUGUUGUGUUCGUAGAGGUGUUACCUCGGCCUGUAUGUCUCUGUGUCGUGGUGUCCUGCCUGUGCAUCAUACCACCUCGUUAUCUACUGGCACCACCUCUAACUCUACCACCGAUUGUUUAUCGUAUGCCGGCAACAUUCUACAAUGUUUCGAAGAAGGUACUGGCAGUAUACCUGGUCCUGCAGAAGAUCUCCAUGCCACAUUGGUCACAAAUAAUUCAAUAAGUUUAGUUUGGUCACAACCCGAUAUUGAGGGUAGCAAUAAUUUAACCGAAACACCAAUAACAUCAACUUCAACAACAGAAAUGUCGACAGCAACAGUUGAUAAAACAACAACACUGUCAUCAUUAUCGACUUCUGGACAAGCCACAACAAAUGCUGAUAUUGAUUUUAUUGUACAAUAUGGCAAAGUCAAUAACAUGACCAUGUAUGAGACUGUAGCCAAGUUGGAAAAUGAAUUAAUAACAAAUGAAACAUCGAUUGAUUUGAUAAAUUUGGAGCCACAUGCCAUGUAUCGCAUCAUGGUAUUGACACGCGGUAAAUUUGGCACAUCAUUGCCAUCAUCCAUGUUGUUGAUCAAUACAACUGAAAUUAACAACAGUAGCAGUGAUGGAAAUACUGAAACUAUAAAAGUUGAUCAGCAACAGCCAAAACAUAUUUAUGGUGCUCCCUCACCACCGCAUUCAUUGGCCAUUAUUGCUCAUAGUGCCACUUGGAUGCAAUUGACAUGGCAACCACCAGAAUAUUCACAUCCCCAUGAGAAAAUUACCUACAGAGUCUAUCACAAACCCAUGAAAGCCGAUAAAUUUAACAAGAUCGAGACUAAAGUAGCAUGGUUGCGCAUGAACAAUUUGAAACCCAGUUCCCAGCACAUACUCUAUGUAGAGGCUAUGGGAGAAAAAGCCACCUCUUUACCCUCCGAAACAUUAGUGGCCUGGACAGAUCCAGCACUGCCAGCUUUUGUGGAUCCACCCACUGUUCAUCCUGCUGACAAUGUGCCCGAAGGAGGUUCUAUGACCAUAUUGUGUUUGGCUUUGGGUAAUCCUGCUCCCACCAUUUCUUUGUAUGUGGGAGGUCAUUUAGUGCGCCAGGACACCUCGAGACAUAUGGUCACGGUGAUACACAAUGUAACAGCAGAUAUGGAACAUGUGUCCUGUUAUGCCGACAAUGGUUAUGGAGUGCCCAUGCAGGCCACCAGAAGAGUAAAUAUAUGCUAUCCUCCCAAAAUACAGGCUGCCGGCAUUACAGUGGCCGCUGUAGGUGAUGAGGUUGAGCUCAGAUGCAUGGUGGACUCCAAACCCGUACCCAAAACCAUUUUCUGGCGUGAUCAUGAUGGCCGCAUUCCUGUCAUACAGGGCGGCAAUUAUGAUAUAGCCAUGCGCACCAAUGAAUCUCGGCCCACUUUCUAUACCAUGGCUUUGCGCAUCAAUAAAUUGCAGGCCUCUGAUGUGGGUGAUUAUUUCUGUCAUGCUGAAAAUCCUUUCGGUUCAGCCACUAUACCUGUGUCGGUGCGCAUACGCAAUACGCCCACUUUAAAUCAGAAUGUCUCAGAAUGUUGUGCUGAGAUGAAUGUUACCAUGGCUUGUCGCAGUGCCUGCAGCUAUUAUGUGGACAUUGAUGCUAUAGCCGAUAAGCCAGAAUGUAUUACUGAAUUUGAUAAGCUCAUGAAAUGUGCUGCUGAUGGUUCGGAUCAUCGCACUUGCUGUGCUGAUUCGCAUGUGCCGCGUAAAUGUUUGAAUUGGUGUAGGGGAGAGGCGGUGCGGUCGAAAGAGAUUUGCAGCCUGCAAUAUGCCAGAACUAUAGUGGGUUGUUUCGAGUCGAAUCGUGAACGUUUGCCGGGACCACCGGAAAAUAUAGCCGUCAGUGUGAUAUCGGAUAGUGAGGUUGUGAUAAGAUGGGACCCACCAACCAAAAAUCCCAAUGUUGUAGAUGGCUAUCGAAUAUUUUACCAUGAAGCUGCCAUAAUCGGCAACGAAAUAGCAGCCAGUGAAACAAUGACUGGCGGUGCUUUGGCAGCAGGAGGUCCUCUCGAAGCAUCUUCAUCACCCACCGCCUCCACAGCCUCCUCUUUACUCAAUAGCAGCAAUGCAACAAGCAUGCAAAUGUCUGGAAACUCUUCGGCUGGCAUAAGCAGCAGUGAGGUAAGACGCAUUGAUGUCAAGGAAACCAGUGUAAACAUAGAUGGUCUCAAAAAGGAUGUCUUAUACGAGUUGGUAGUUAAGGCUGGCAAUACAUAUGGUGCCAGUGUUUUAACUGAACCGAUAAAAUUCACACUUGGCGAACAUCAUGUUACAUCGGCGACAACAACGUAUUCACAUGCGGUGGGUACGAUAAGCGGUAUUGUUGCAAGUAUUUUAGCUGUUUUACUAGCAGCUGCCGCCAUUAUAUUCUAUAGACGCCAUAGAGCAAAUGGUAAGGCAGCCACCGGGGUGGCAUUUGAAAAUCCCACAUAUACCAGAGGUUUAGAACAAGUGCAGUUACCUACUGUGACAUCUGCCUUAACGCAUACAACCAACAUGAAUGGUGGAAAUUUCACAACAAGAGCGCCCGCCUCAACACAUGCCACAACAACGGUGUCUUCGGCGGCAGUGCCAGCGUCGACGACACUAAGACCCUCCAUGACAGCCAGAGUGGGGAACAAUUUUGUAACAACGACAGCCAAAGCAGCACAACAACAACCUAAAGGAACAACAGUUAAAACCUCAAACCUGGAUGGCAUCGAUGCUCAUACACAAUGCAACGAAAUAAAUCCCACAAUUUAUGAAGAGCUCAAACUUGGCCAAGAAGGUGCGGGAUUUAAAAAACUUGUGCCAUAAAGAGAAACUCAAAAAAUUAUAAAAAAAACAAACUAAGCUACAUAUAACGCCUCCCCUUAUACAAAACAAAAAAAAAAACAGCUACAAUUCCUUAAACUUCUUUUGCUUCUCUUGUACUUCCUUUUUCACUAAAGAAAAUUGCCACAUACUCAUACAUAUUUAUGAUAUACAGCUUAAUAUUUAAACACAUACAGCUAGCUAGCUACCUUCCUCUACAUACAAACGACUGAAACUGAUGAUGACGAGGAAAAUAAACAUGAAGAACAAAUCAUUGACUUAAACUUAAAGAAAAUGCCAAAAACAUUUUGCAACGACAACAAACAACUCCUCUUUAAAUGUAUGUUUAUGGGCAUUUCCAUGGUGCCGAACGCGACAUUUGUUCGCCAUUGAAGUGAAUAAAAAUCAAGAAAUCUAAACAUUUUUCGUUAGCCUAAUUGUAGCACUAUGUUUUGUGUAAAAGUUAGAUUUUAUUAGCAAUAAACAUGUUAUCAUGAACGCGACAAGAAAUAUAACUCGUCUUUAUAUUAAAAUGAGAGAAUUUAGAUAUCAAUUAAGAGUUGACUUGUUGAAAUGUUUGCAUUGGUUUAGUAUGAUUUUUCAUGCGACAUUUGUAACGCGACAUAUUUUCCGUCACGUUAGUAAUACAGAUUAGUCAACUGAAUUCAACUCGAAAUCUUUUUAUUUUGGACUAAUGUAGUAAUAAUAGAAUGAUAUGGGAGUGCUGUGAACAAACGAUUUAGGUUCCGGAACGCGACAUUUGUACAUGAACAAACUCAAAUUAUUUGACAAUUUUUAUAUCAGGUCGCGGUGAAACUUUCCGUGGAAAUGCCCAUAUGUAGUCUAGUAGUAAAAACUGUGAAUGACUUAGUAAUAUUAUAUGUGUGUGUGUGUGUGCAUUUGUAUUAGUGUGCUCUAACAACUUCCGUUUGUUAAAAGAACGAACGAAGAAGAAAAAAAAGUCAAGCGUACCAUGUACCCGUAUUAAAUAUUUGUUCUGUUUUGUGCUCGUAUGCUCUGUAAAGUCUUGUAUUUUAUGUUAUUUCCCUCCAUAUUCUGGCUAGAACUCAUCUUAAAUAAAAGAAAAACGGUUUAAGUAAAGAAAGAACAAAACAAACAAAAAAAAAAAAAACUAAACGUAAUAAUUUAAACAUUUGUAUGUGUAUGAUGAUGCCUUCUUAGCAUUAGUGUUAAAUAUAUAAAAAAAAAAAAAUAUUUUUUAUUUUCUCUUAUUAUAUACCCCAACCAUUUGCCUCAUAUCCUGGCAAAGGUAUUGGUUUGCAGCAAAUAACAAUAGAAAAUAAACUGCAACAACAGCAACACAAUAUAAAAUAAGAAAAGAAAAUCAUAUAAACACCGCAAAAUCUGUGAAAAAAAUCUAGAAAAUAUAAUAAUAUAGUGAAAAAACAAAAUAAAAUAAAAA